CGCGCGCGCGCUCCGCACUCAGCUGUUCAGAUGGCGAGAUGAAAGCGGCUCUCAUUGGCUCUCCUUGACUCUCUGAGCUCUUCAUCUAAAGGAAUCCAACUAAUUUGUCCUUCAGGAUUAGACAAGAAGGUAGAUCACACACCGACAUGCAGGGCUAAAAUGAGAUUUUCUGCCUGAAAGCCUGGCUGUAACACCGCGGUCUGGACAUUUAGUUUUUCGUUUGUUUGUUUUUUGCUUUUUUUGUGAGCAAAACUUUCCGUUGAAAAAAAAAAAAUGCGACUCUGAACCAAAGAGUAGGUUCAUUAUUUAAAAUCCUGAGCUCCUGAGAUCAGGAAAGACAUCUGUUAGAAGAGGAGACAUGAAGGGCAUUGUGUAUCGCCGGCUGAAACUUGUGCUUUCCUCUGCAUUUGCAUGCUUUCCUCGUGUAAAAUGAAGCUUUUUGCACAUUUCCACAGGAGCUCUGUGUUACUGGGCUGUGUAAAUGAAUAUCACUUGAAACACCGUGCAGUUUCCAUCGCACUAACAGCCCGCUCUACAGGAGCAGACACAUGACAGUGUUAGUGGUGCUUUCUCUCAUGUUAAUGCUGCUUUCUCACAUUUGAACAAGAGACACACAGACAAGUCGUAAAGCGUCCAGCAGUGUGGAUAUCUCUCUCCUAACUUUUACUAUGGAUUCAACAAAGCCUUCGAGUUUUCAGGUUUUCUCUGGGACUUCAUACUGGUCCGGGUUUUCAAUUUGACCUCAUUUUUAGCUCCACAUUGCACUCUUACUACAUUUCAGAGGACUUGUGUCAUUCAUUUAAGAUAUCAGAGCAUACAGUUGAGUCUAGCUGAGCACAUCCCGGUGGCUCUUAUGGGAAUGAAACACUCCUCCCGCUGUUUGCUCCUACGGAGGAAAAUGGCGGAGCCGGACAGCCCUGAGCAGCAGCCCCUCAGCUCAGCACGAUCUCAGUCAGUGCAACCUUCUCCUUUGCCUAAACCAGUGACCUCGGUCAACCAUGCCCCACGGCCUACACACCCCUCACACAACGCACACACUCCCCACGCAGCAUCCCUGCCCAACUGCCCCGGCCGAGGCAAGAUGGCCAAGUUCCUCAAUCCAGAAGAGAUGACAUCCAGAGACUACUACUUUGAUUCCUAUGCUCACUUCGGCAUCCAUGAGGAAAUGCUGAAAGAUGAGGUCAGGACACUGACCUACAGGAACUCCAUGUACCACAACAAACAUGUCUUCAAGGACAAGAUUGUGCUCGAUGUAGGGAGUGGUACUGGCAUUCUGUCCAUGUUUGCUGCCAAGGCCGGUGCCAAGCACGUGUACGGGAUUGAAUGUUCCAGUAUAUCAGAGUACUCUGAGAAAAUCAUCAAAGCCAAUCACCUGGACCAUGUUAUCACCAUCUUUAAAGGAAAGGUAGAGGAGACGGAGCUGCCAGUGGACCAGGUGGACAUCAUUAUUUCAGAAUGGAUGGGCUACUGCCUUUUCUAUGAGUCCAUGCUCAAUACUGUCAUCUUUGCCAGAGACAAGUGGCUGAAACCUGGUGGCCUGAUGUUUCCAGACCGAGCUGCUCUCUAUGUUGUGGCCAUCGAGGACAGGCAGUACAAGGACUUCAAGAUUCAUUGGUGGGAGAAUGUCUAUGGCUUUGACAUGACCUGCAUCAGAAAUGUAGCAAUGAAAGAGCCACUGGUUGAUAUUGUGGACCCAAAGCAAGUGGUGACCAAUGCGUGCCUCAUCAAAGAGGUGGACAUCUACACAGUGCAGCCAGAGGACCUGUCCUUCACUUCAACCAUCUGCCUGCAGAUCCAGAGGAACGACUAUGUCCACGCACUCGUCACCUACUUCAACAUCGAGUUCACCAAGUGUCACAAAAAGACCGGCUUCUCCACAGCACCGGAUUCUCCGUACACGCAUUGGAAGCAGACAGUUUUUUACCUCGAGGAGUAUCUGACUGUGAAGAAGGGAGAAGAGAUUGUAGGCAGUAUCACCAUGAGGCCCAAUGAAAAUAAUGUGCGUGAUUUGGACUUCACGUUUGAGCUGGAUUUUAAGGGUCAGCUGUGUGAAGCUGACAUCUCUCAUGACUAUAAGAUGCGUUAAGCGUCCAGCAGGGGGCGAGAAAGUGCCCGAGUACCACCAUGGCGACUGAGGAAGUGGCACUUCCCCACCCGCAGUGCCAGAAACCGGCACAGAGGCUGAGUGCUUAAUGACCUAGGCCACGACUCUGCUCGUCUUUGAGAGAUGUGCUAAUAUUUCUGGAGCUGAGUGCCUCUCUGAGCAAUAGCAGCCUUGCCAUGGCCAAUAACAGCGUGCACUAGUCCAACAUUUCUAUGACUGUUCACAAGGCAACUUUGAAUGUACUGCUAAUCAAGCUCAAGAAUGUUACUAUCCUCAUGAAUGUGAAGAGUCAGUUUACAGUUUCUUUUGGAAAAGAGUCAGUGGAACAUUAAAUUUUGGUUCUAGUGAGAGUCUAAAGACAAAGAAGUUAGUUCAUUUUAGCUGUAUUUUAGUUUGUGAUGUAAAAUCAAGACAGUAUGUUAGGCCAUUUUACUAUAAGCACUAAUCUACUGCACUACAAUAGAGUAUUUUACCAGAAUUAGAUGUGCAAUCCAGCGGCACACACUCUAAUGCUGAACCCUCAAAUUUAAGGGUUUAUUUUUUAUAGUAUUGUUCAAGAAAAUUCACUACACUAGCUAGUAAACAUAUUUAGCUGAAUUACAAGUAAUGAUAGCACAUUUAUUAACUUUACUUUCUAUUGUGCAGUAUGUAGUGUCUGUGAAGGUGUCUUGUUCCUCAGUGUCAAUAUUUAUUUUAUAAUGUAAAGAUUGUUACAUAUCCAAAUACAUCUACCAACAGAUCAGGGAAAGAAAAAUGGACAGAGAACAAGAACACACCGGAGUGGGAUCAUGCAGAAGUCUCUUUCAGUACAGCAGGAUGUGUGUGUGUGUAUUCACCUAUGCUCUUACUGAACUCGUCACCUAGGUACCUCCUGACGGCCUGUCCUGCUUCAAUCCAAAGAUAUUCUGUUUUAAAUGAUAUGGUAAUUAACUGACAUUCAUUAUAUUCACUUUCACCAAAAACCUGCUAUGAUAAAGAGUCUAAAGAAGAAAAGAUCUUAAAACAUUCUGAUGUGAUUUAAGCAAAAAAAAAAAAAAAAAAAAAAAAAGGUUUUUCCUCUUGAAUAAUGUUUUAAAAGAGAUAAUAGAGAUGUAGAUGUAUGAACGCAUAUAUUAGGAAAAACAGGAGUUUAGGAACAUUUCAUUUAUGGAAGCCCAUCAUCUUGAAAUCAAUUGUGUGUAAUGUAAUAAUACAUAUCCAACCAACCAAACAAACAAAAAAACCCUACAGAAACUGUGUAAACCAUGUAAUGACCACUAGAAGGCAGGAAAAGCACAGUGUCUGAAUACAGUGGCCUACCAAUAAAGUGACAGUUUAAUUAUGUUUUGCAGAUGACAGCUUUCUUUGAAGGGAAUUUUGCUUUCUUUAAUGAAUUUAAUGAGUAAUGCACAUUGAUAAUGUUGCAUGGUAAAUUAAAAAAGGCAGCACAUUCAUAUCAGUGAACUCUAUCAAAAUCACAGCUAUCAGAGGUUUUGUUUGUUUUUCAGCUAAUUUCUUUCCAGCAAAAUUCUAGCUGAUGCAUGUUUGGAGGCACUAAACUGUUUAAUUUUACAAUGAUUAAUACUAUUUUUGUUCACCUUUAUUUACUGGACGUUCUGCCAGGAAGCACAGAACCCAAUGUUUAAAUAUU